AUGACAAUAACAUCGGGGCGCUUAGCGGCGGCUGCAGGCCGACGACAUGUCGGCAAUGCACUCGUUCCAUCUGGACUAUACAACUCGGGUAUCGCUGCUCAACCACGUGGCUCGGAUCUUGGUGGGGUCCGUUUGGCAAGCACGACCCCAGUCGGUGAUGCCAAACCCAACAAAAAACAGCGAGUUGUCGUAUUGGGGUCAGGCUGGGCCGGAUACGGGUUUGCACGAAUGCUAGACCCGAAGAAAUUCGAGCGCAUUGUGAUAUCGCCGCGCUCGUACUUCGUCUUUACGCCGUUACUCGCCGGUACCGCCGUCGGGACGCUCGAGUUCCGCGCUGUGUUGGAAUCGGUCAGGCGACUGGGUCUCGACAAAUUCCAUCAAGGGUGGGCUGACGAUAUCGACUUCGCGCGUAAGACGAUUCGCGUCGAAGCUAACACGUCGGAUGACCUGGCUUCGCGCACGCAGACGACGGCCGUCACGUCUUCGGACCUGCAGGGCAGAGAGGGGGAUAUGUUUGAUGUGGCGUACGACAAGCUCAUCAUUGCCGUGGGAUCGUACGCGCAGACCUUCGGCAUCGAAGGCGUGAAAGAAUACGCCAAUUUUCUCCGUGAUAUCGGCGAUGCUCGCAAGAUUCGACUCAAGGUGUUGCAGUGUUUCGAGAAGGCUGCGCUCCCUACUACGUCGAAAGCGGACAGGAAGAAACUGCUUCAUUUUGCCGUGGUAGGAGGUGGGCCGACGGGGAUCGAGUUCGCCGCUGAGUUGCACGAUCUGAUUCGCGAUGACAUCCGUAAUCUCUAUCCCGAGCUGAUGGAAUCGGUGGCCAUCACGGUUUACGACAUCGCGCCCAAGGUCCUGCCCAUGUUCGAUCAGACACUGGCCAACUACGCCAUGGAGACGUUCCGCAGGGAGGGCAUUGCGGUCAAGACGGAGCAUCACCUUACAAGGAUCAGACGGGAUGAGAGCUGCGAAGGCUGCUUGACCCUCAACAUCAAAGAGUACGGAAACAAAGAGGUCCACGCCGGCAUUGUGGUGUGGAGCACUGGACUGAUGCAAAACCCUCUGAUACAGAAGAUGGGCGACAAAGCAUUCUCGCCGUCCGAUUUUGAAGGACAAGGGGAUCAACCACCUGUCAAGGUCAAACUGCAAAGGGACUGGCAAACCGGCAGUGUAUUGACGGAUUCCCACCUUCAGGUCCGCGUAGUUCCCAACGAAACCCGAGCAGACCAAGUCCUGACCACGGAAUCCACCGCCCUUCCCGAUGUUUACGCCAUCGGCGACUGUUCCAUUAUCCAUGGGCUCAGCCUACCCGCCACGGCCCAAGUAGCCAGCCAAAAGGCAACUCAUCUGGCCAAGCGUCUCAACCAGGGGGAUGUUGACAUGAGCCAGACGGAUGACCUCAAGGGCUGGGCGGCGUGGGUUCUCUGGCGCACGGCGUAUUUGACGAAGAGCAUGAGCGUGAGGAAUAAGAUUAUGGUGCCGGUUUACUGGGCCAUGUCGUGGCUGUUUGGUCGCGAUAUUGCUAGGUUUUAG